AUGGGUUUAGGCAAGCUAUCCAUCCGAGUGAAUGGCGCAGACUGCGGAAUAGAAGCCGUCAUGCUGGGUGCGGUCACAUCGAUAGGCGGUUUCUUGUUUGGUUAUGACACCGGCCAAAUCUCGGGCCUACUGUUGUUCACAGACUUCAAAGACCGCUUCGGCCAAACCCAGCCCGACGGCUCCAAAGAAUUCGAAACCAUCAUCUCCUCCCUCGUCGUCUCCCUCAUGUCCAUCGGUACACUCAUCGGCGCGCUUUCGGGUGCCUACACCGCCGACUGGUGGGGCCGCCGCCGAAGUCUCAGCUUUGGCGUGGGUAUCUUCAUCGUUGGCAACAUCAUCCAGAUCACCUCGAUGAGGUCUUGGGUGCAUCUCAUGAUGGGUCGGUUCGUUGCUGGUCUAGGUGUAGGAAAUCUCUCUGUUGGUGUACCGAUGUUCCAAUCUGAAUGCUGUCCGCGUGAAAUCCGAGGCGCGGUGGUGGCGAGCUAUCAGUUGAUGAUUACUAUCGGUAUUCUCGUAUCCAACGCUAUCAACUACGGCGUACGCACUUUCCAAGAAGACGAUGCAUCGUGGCGGAUCGUUAUCGGGCUAGGCAUUGCCUUCUCGCUUCCGCUGGGUAUUGGCAUUCUCUUCUCGCCUGAGUCGCCUCGAUGGCUGGCGGGCCGUGGCGAUUGGGAAGGUUCGCGGACGGCGCUGGCCAGGCUGCGCGGCAUGAAGCACGAUCCGUACAACAAGCUCGUCAUGAGCGACUUUGAGGAGAUGCAGGCUUCGAUUGAGGAGCAGAAUCAGGCAGGACAGGGAACGUGGUUGGAGUGCUUUACCGGGAAGCCAUCGUUCAUUCCAAAGCUCGUGUACAGAACGUUGUUGGGCUGUGCGAUACAUUUCCUGCAGCAGUGGACUGGUGUGAACUACUUCUUCUACUACGGCGCGACCAUUUUCGAAUCAGCCGGCAUUGAGGACCCGAUCAUGGUGCAGCUCAUCCUCGGUGCUGUCAAUGUGAUCAUGACCUUCCCCGGUCUGUACAUCGUUGAGCGACUCGGUCGCCGCACGCCAAUGUUCUUCGGCGCUCUUUGGCAGGCUGCCUGGCUGCUCAUCUUCGCUGCUGUGGGCGUCGCGCGGCCGCCGACCGAAUACACCAGCUCCGGAAUCGUCAUGAUUGUGGCAGCGUGCAUGUUCAUUGCGUCCUUCGCCAUGACAUGGGGCCCAUUCGCGUGGGUCGUCAUAGGAGAGACGUUUCCGCUCCGCACGCGCGCAAAGCAGGCUUCCCUCGCAACUGCAGGAAACUGGCUUGGCAAUUUCCUCAUCGGCUUUCUCACCCCGUUCGCCAACGACGGCAUCGGGUACGCAUUCGGUUUCGUUUUCUUCGGCUGCAACCUUGCUGCUGCACUCAUUGUCUGGUUCUUCAUGUACGAGACGAAGUCGCUGUCUCUUGAGAACGUGGAUACUAUGUACCAGGAACCUGGGCUCAAGGCUUGGCGAAGCAGCAAAUGGAUUCCUGCAGGUUAUGUGGACAGGAAUACGCGCGAUGAGGCGUACUGGACGCGUCGGGCAUCUAUUGGCGGAACGGGUGGUGUUGCUGCACGGGAGGCGGAGAAGUUGGAACAUCCCUCUAAGUACGAGUCCGAGGGAGAGAAAUCUGCGUGA